AUGUUUACGAACCUCCCGCUGUCGUUGUUGCUGGCUGUCUCCGCCGCGCUCUCCUUUGUUAACGUUGGCGCCCAGUCGACCUCGUCCGACAACUCGAUAUCUGAGAGCUCAACUUCAAUCUCGGGCGCGACCAUACCAUUUUCCAGCACCAGCAGUGCGAAUGGGAGCGGUAGUUUGAGCGGGUCCGCGACGAGCACAGCGUCCUUGCCGAGCUUCAGCGGGUAUUCUGCCUGCGUCGACGAUUGCAUUGACUCCGCCGUCGCGUUCACGGGGUGCUCUAGUGUCGCUGAUGUCGACUGCUUCUGCGGCAGCGCCAACUCGACCUUCUUCGCGCAGAACCUGACUUCGUGCCUGGCAAUGCACUGCCCAAGCAGCAUCUCGCCGGCCGAGUCGCUUGCCAACCAGUUCUGCGCAGUCGCAUCCCCGAGCACGUCCAUCAGCUUCGCCACCACGUCCCUCUCCGCAACCACUACAUCAUCCAGCGCCUCGGCCUCUCACACCUCCACCUCUGCGUCUCGUACUGCAUCCAGCUCGUCGUCUGCGUCCGCUACCUCAACAAACACGAGUGCUGCAGCGCGGCUGGGACUGGGAGCAGAUGGCAGGAUCAUCAUUGCCUUGGCCGUUGGGCUGGGAUUGGCAGCGCUGGGCGUGCUUAGCGGACUGUGA